AUGCGAACAUUGAUUGGAAUAGUUACUUUGACAUCUGUGCCGAGGAAUCAGGCCGAGAUCGAGCUGUACAGGGUGAUGCAACGCGCAAGCCUCCUGUCUUAUUACGACACCCUCCUCGAAAUGGGCGGCGAUGAUAUGCACCAACUCUGCGAGGCGGGCGAAGUGGAGUUUUUGGAAAUAAUGGCUCUUGUUGGAAUGGCAGCGAAACCUCUUCACGUGAGGAGAUUUCAGAAAGCUCUCAAUGAGUGGUUGAGGAAUCCUGCCAUGUUCCAGACGCCUUUGGAGCCUGAAAGAUCAAGUGUGGUUCGAGAUUGUGUUUCCCCUCUGACUCGAAACCCUGGCGCUAAUCUAGUCAACUCCUGUACCCCUCCCCCUAGUGUACCUGUUUCUUCUAGUUUUGGAUCCCCCGUUCCGGCCAACAAAAUCCCAUUAAAGACUGAUUGUUGGGGCCCUCCGCGGGUCUACUCCCCAGGCUGUGCUUCAGCGUCUAGUGCCAGCCUGAGUUCUUCCCCCGGUUCACCUGCCCCCAAUCCCCUCCNCAACCCCCUUCACGCCCCUAACCCCUCUCUAGUCAGCUCCCAAAUCGAGAAACUCGCCGCAGCAGCUCGACAUCUCGUCCAGAGCAUCCCUGAAUUAGACCCAAAACCUCUCACCACCAAUAAGAAGAAAAUGUCCAAAGAUUUAGAGCGGUUAAUGAGCAUGAGUGAAGAUAACCCACGCCGAAUGGAUCUGAUCCGAGAAUAUUCCGCCAUUUACGGCCGUUUUGACUGCAAGAGGAAACCCGAGAAACCUCUCACACUUCACGAGGUGUCGGUCAAUGAGGCUGCGGCGCAACUUUGUAAAUUAGUACCUGCUCUCGUAACGAGGAGAGACGAACUUUUCCCCUUGGCAAGACAAGUUGUUCGUGAUUCCGGCUAUCGAUAUUCCAAGGGGCAUUCAAAGUCCUCAAAGUCAUUCUGUGAUAGUAGAUACAAGAGAAGUAGAACGGAUGUUAGCGUAUUUGAUCUUGAAGAGGAAUCGUAUUUGGAUUCGAACCAGGGACAAUUGAGUAGUUCGACGGACGAGCCCCGUGACUCAUCAGAAUCCAAGUUGUUCGAGUCCUUCCAAUCCAAUGAUUUUUUGGAUCAACGUUACAAUGACCCCUUACGGAGCGAGCCGGAAGAUGGUGCAUACCGAGGAGAGAAGUUUGCACCUUCAAAUUCACGGACAAGAUGGUCGCAAAGUAAAAAAACAUGUGGACCCACUUCUUCCUGUCCUGAUACCGAUGACACAGAUUCACAAUAUUCUCUCAGUAAUAUGAGUUCUUAUUCUCAGGACGCAGGUGACUCGCAUACGGACGGCAUCAGUGAGGAAAAAUACGGUUGGACGUCCAACUUAACGCAGAUUUCACCAAAGAGUUCGUUUGACUGCCAACCUCAACAGAAAGCAAUGAAUGUAAGUUGCUCAACCAGCAGCAGCCACCUCUCAAACCGCCCAAACAGUGAUGCAGACACUAUCACAACAACUCAAGU